AUGGGGGCUGAAAACUUCACCUCUAUCACAGAGUUCAUUUUGGUGGGACUCUCCAGUGACCAUGAGAUACAGAACCUGCUCUUUGUGGUCAUUCUCCUCAUCUAUACCGUUACCCUUGUGGGCAACCUCGGGAUCAUCAUGUUGGUACUGGUGGACUCCCGCCUCCACACGCCAAUGUAUUUCUUCCUCACGCACCUCUCAGGCAUGGAGAUCUGUUAUGUCACCAGCACUAUCCCCCAGAUGUUGGCUCACCUUCAGGCGGGCCACGGAGGAUUGUCCUUACUCCGUUGCGCGCUGCAGAUGUAUGUAGCUUUGUCCCUGGGUUCUGCGGAAGCGCUUCUUUUGGGCGUCAUGGCCUACGAUCGUUACUUGGCCAUCUGCCGUCCCCUGACUUAUGCCACUGCUAUGGGAAGAUGGCGCCAGUUCCAGCUUGCCUCAGCCUGUUGGGUCUGUGGCUUUUUCGGUUCUGUAAUAUGCGUGUUCCUCACCUUCACCCACCCCUUUUGUGGCUCCGGACUCAUCAACCACUUCAUCUGUGAACUGCCAAUGGUGUUGAAACUUGCCUGCGAUGACACCCUUAUCACAGAAACCAUUGUUUUCUUGCUUGCAGCUGUGGUCAUCCUGGGACCCCUUUCUGUUAUCUUGACCUCGUAUGGGCUCAUCCUUUUCUCCGUGUCCCAAAUGCAGUCAGCUAGGGGGCUGCGCAAGGCGUUCUCUACAUGUGGCUCCCACCUAGCCGUGGUCACCUUGUUCUACGGCACCACCACCUUUAUCUAUAUUGUACCCCAGUCUGGAACAUCUCCUGAUAAUGAAAAGAGAAUUGCUGUCUUUUAUGUUGUGGUCACCCCUCUUCUUAACCCUGUUAUUUACACUCUGCGGAACAAGGAUGUCCAUGAGGCAAUAGCCAAGGUGGUGCGAAGACUGGGCUUUGAGCAGAAAAAUUAA